CUCAAAGAAACUCGGGAAAUCCCUCUGAACAGGCCUGUACUGGACCCAGAGUGGGACACCUCAGGUAAGAUGAGCUCCCCUUUGUCCAUGCUGAAGAAAACGAGGCGCACUCCCCUGCUGGACCCUCAGAGUGAGCAAGGGGGCAGACCAAAGGUGCCUUUCAGGAGAAAUCUGUUAAAAGAAAUUCAGGCAGGCCUGACUGACGAGGAUGAUAAAUCCUCUGAUCCACAUCCUCUCCUGACCUCUCACACUCGACCCAACGACUCCUCAACUUCAAAGUCAAAAGCCCCAUUAAAGAAAGGUGCUCCACCAAGCGACUUUGAGCUCAUGUCUGCCAUGAUGCAGCGGGUGACCCUGCUGGAAAAAACAGUGAGGAGCCAAGCACAGGAGAUCGAGCGCAAGGAUAAAAGGAUUACAGUCUUGGAGGAAAAACUGAGGCUUCUGAAAGAAUCUGGGUGCACACAUGAUCCGAGUGGUAGAGACGAUCUUGAAAGAAGGUGCCAACACCUCCAGAGCCAAGUGUGUGAAAUGGAGAGCUUUCUAAACGACUACGGUUUGAUCUGGGUGGGAGACGGCGAGAGCAGUGACUCAGCUGAAAGUGAGCAGCCACAUAACGCAGAGCGAGGCCUCUGGCAGCCAGACCCCUCCGAGGUCAGGAGCUUCCACAUGAACUUUGACCUCGUGCUGCAGAGGAUCAGGGAGCUGAACGUCCUCGCGGGGGAGGGAGAGUGUUUUGUGCAAUCGACAGCCACAGGGGCACAUUUGGCAAAGAAGGAUCCUAUUCAACUGAGCCUCUACAGCAACGGGGUGGUCAUGUUUGAGGGUCCUUUCCGCUCUUAUCAGGAGCGCAGCACCCAGCGCUGCAUGCAAGAUCUGAUGGACGGGUACUUCCCAUCUGAGCUUCAGGAGAGAUUCCCAGAUGGCGUACCUUUCGAGGUUCACGACAGACGAGAUGAGGAAUUCAUCUUCAGGCUGCCGUGGAAGAAAUUUCCCGGUGAAGGACAGGCUGUUCGUGGGGAGAAAGAUGGCGUCAGCUCUCAGCUACCCGGCAAGAGGCUGAGUGUGGAUCAGUUCCUGAACAGGUUACCGAAGGUGGUAGUAAGGGCUGGUCGUGUGAUCGAUAUCAGGGACUCAGUGAGGGCUGUCCUGCAGGUUUCAUCUGAUGCCCAGAGCAGCAACUCAGUCAUCCUCAUAGACACACCGGUGCUGCAAGCGAUGAAAGAGAGACUGCAGACAUGUAGCUCUGACCGGCCCUCGUCUGCCCGUGAUGUUAUCACACUCAAGGUGAAGUCAGAAGACGGGAAUCAUACUUUCAUAUUGAAAAUGUGCUUCUCAGAAACAAUCGGCCACCUGCGGCAAUAUCUGGACAAACACAGAGGAGGUGGUCUCCCCGGUUAUGACAUCAUCAGCGCGUACCCACAGUGCUGCUACGGUGACGACUGCCAGACGCUCCAAUCAUGUGGACUCACGACUAACGUUACUCUGCUGCUGCGAAAGAGGAAACAGCCUCAUUCAGAUGGAGGUCAAUAAAAUAAACGGUUAUAUUGGACUUUUACGGGAUGUUUUUUUUUUAAAAACAGCCUUUUUUCACAAAAGCACAGGUGAUGCUAAUAACAAUAAUAAUGGCUUUGUUCUGUCUGUCUGUCUGUCUGUGGCAGUAUGUCGUGAAGCUGAAUGGAAUUCAACCAUCAUUAAUCUUUAUUAUUUACACAACUGUUAUCUUCCUACUGUGACAUGUCGAGAUGUCUGCUGUGAAAAAGGCUCGCUGUGCUACUGAGGACCGAUCUACUACCAAUGCUCAGAUGUUUUAUGUUACAUAACAGGGAGUGUUUGGUGGUCCACUGUGAUUGCAGUAUCAGUUACAUCCAUUCAAACAGCCAAUACCAAUCCAACAUACGUAGCAUCCCUAGUUAUAGAAAGCUGCUGUGCACGGCUUUCUGCACAGAGGGGAUGAAAUACUGAUCAACACGGAAUAAACUGGAAUUCAAAACUAAUUAAAACAAAACAAAAUGUUGAAAACUUUAUUUCUAAAAUAUGCAAAUACAAACAAGGACAAAAGUAUGAAAAUAUAAACAUCUUUUUCCCUUUUGCAAAAACAUUUGAGAUGUUAAGGCAUGCGGAGCCUGACUUUCCAAAGAUAAAUCUUGUGCUAAUUGGACUUUUAAAAAAGGUCCCAUGAAGUGAUAAAAUGGCUUGUGUGUCCCUGGGUGUUCUGUUGUCAAGAGUAAUUGUUGCAUAUUUUUUAUAUUAAAAUCCCUUUCUCUUCCUUUAAAGUGUCACGUUUUUUUUUUCAAUGGCUUAUCCUCACUCAGGGCAAAUAUAAAAUUACGUCCAGUACAAUGUGAUUUCUGAUUUUGGGGUGAUCCAGCCAACCCGUCCCAUCAUCAUCACGUAGAAUUAAAAACACGUCCGUCCCCGAAGAAGGUUAAAGAGCCUCACUGAGUGCUGCCAAUCUUUGUCCCUCCUGUCAGUAAAUUGAGCCCCAACAUCUCAUCUGAUAUGACACACACAUCAAAGCACAGGAGAAAAGUACUAUCUAAGAGCCACUUCAUGGGACCUUUACACAAUGUGGAUGCCAAGUCUGCUCGAACACAUUAGCACAUUGUUACAGCAACACAUUAGGACUCACUGAGUUGUCAAUGCAAACGAAGAAAAUAAAUAAUACUGAAGAUUAAUACUGUUUCUCAGUCAUACAUUUAUCAUUUAACCACACUGUCGAACACAAGUCAGCCAUUAUCAACCUGAAAUGUACAGUAUCCUGUGAAGUUAUUCAUCUACGUGGAGCAGAUUCUAAAAACGUCACACAGACUAUCUACCAGGAACAAAAAGAAAUCAAACAAAACAGUGUCGGGGGGCCUCCACAAGUUCUGUGAUGUGACCCAAAGUUAUCUGCUACAUUCAGUGUCAGGGAAUGUAUUGACUAUCCUACUGGUUGAUACACUGAGAGAAAGGUCAUAUUGGAAGAGUCAGCUGCAAACAGCCCUUUGUGGUUGGUCUAAAAAAACAAAAACAAAUUAGCAUUGUGGUUGCGAACGUGACAGAAAGGCACAUGUU